AUGGGCUGCUCUGGAGGUUCUGGGGGUUGCGCUUCUGGCUGCGGGGGCUGCAGCGGCUGCGGAGGCUGCGGUGGAGGCUGUGGAUCUGGCUGCUGCGUGCCCGUGUGCUGCACGACCUGCUGUAAGCCAGUGUGCUGCAGCUCCGGUUGCGGCAAAGGAGGUUGUGGUUCUUGCGGAGGCUGUGGCUCCUGUGGGGGCUGUGGAUCCUGUGGAGGCUGUAAAGGCGGUUGUGGCUCUUGUGGAGGUUCCAAAGGAGGCUGCAAAGGCGGUUGUGGCUCCUGUGGAGGCUCCAAAGGAGGCUGUAAAGGUGGUUGUGACUCCUGCUGUAAAGGCAGUUGUGGCUCCUGUGGAGGCUCCAAAGGAGGCUGUGGAUCUUGUGGAGGUGGCAAAGGAGGCUGUGGCUCAUGUGGAGGCAAAGGAGGCUGUGGCUCAUGUGGAGGCUGUGGUUCCUGCUCCCAGUCCUGCUGCUGUGUGCCCUGCUGUUCCCAGACCAGCUGUUGCAUGCCCUGCUGUGCUCCCUCCUGCUGCCCGCCCAGCUGCUGCGUGCCCUGCUGCUGCCAGGACAGCUGCUGUAAGCCCCCCUGCUGCCAGUCCUGCUGCUGUGUGCCCUGCUGUGCCCCCUCCUGCUGUCAGACUAGCUGCUGCGUGCCCUGCUGCUGCCAGGCCAGCUGCUGUAAGCCCCCCUGCUGCCAGUCUGACUGCUGUGCGCCCUGCUGUAAGCCCCCCUGCUGUGCCAAGGCCAGCUGCGGUCCCCCAGUCUGCUGCCAGUGUAAGAUCUAA